AUGGCGCCUCGAAAGCGUGCGCGGGCUAGCACCCAAACUGCUGCGACACCAACACCCGCGCGAGACGACGAUGCUAUGGACGUUGAUACUCCCCAGACUGGCGACCAAGAGGCGUCCAGUGAGACAAAGGAGCAAGAACCAGAUAACAACUACAACGAUCUUUGGACAGACGAUCAAGUGGCUUCAUUAUUCAAGGGUGUCAUUCGUUGGAAACCAGCCGGUAUGCACAGGCACUUUCGAAUGAUAGCGAUCUCGGAGCACCUGCGGAAUCACGGCUUCGACCCUGAUCUAUACCAACACACACGCAUUCCUUACAUCUGGCAGAAGCUCAAGACCUACUACAAUCUCGAGGUAAUUGAUGAACGAGAGAAUUUUGACGAAGACGAAACCGAAGAUCGAUACAACGAAUUUUCUCUACCCAAAGACCAAUUUUUUGAUGCUAUGAUGGCACGCGCCGCUGCCGACCCUAGCGAAGCACCGACGUCACCCGCCCAACUUGACCUCUCACCACCAUCCUCACCAGCCAAGAAGCGCAAGAGAGGUGAUACCAAGACCAGAGGUACUUCAGUAGAAGAUACAGAGGACGGUACGGACGCCCCUUCACCAGCGCCUAAAUCGAAACGAAGCGCCUCGCGACAGAAGAAGAAGGCCACGCCGGCCAAGGCCGAGAAGCAAGAAAAAGCCGAGACUACAGAAGAGGAAGAGGAAGACGAGGAUGAAGAAGAGGAGAGUGGAAGUUCAUCUGGUGAUAGUGAAGAGAGCGCCGAGGAGAGCGAAACACAAGUUUCCAAGUCGACACGAGGUGCCAAGAAGGGCCAAAAGGUUAUGACUACGAAAGCGAAGGCCAGACCUAAGAGGAAGCGUUAA